GGAGCGCAAGGCGCGCGCUGAGUAGUCGGAGUGUCUGGAGCGAGCAGGUCUCCUGAGCAGUAGCCAAGAUGUGCGGAAUCUUUGCCUACAUGAACUACAGAGUCCCUCGUACGAGGAAGGAGAUCUUUGAAACCCUUAUCAAGGGCCUGCAGCGGCUGGAGUACAGGGGUUAUGAUUCAGCAGGGGUGGCCAUCGAUGGUAAUAAUCACGAAGUCAAAGAAAGACAUAUUCAGCUGGUCAAGAAAAAGGGGAAAGUCAAGGCUCUGGAUGAAGAACUUUACAAACAAGACAGCAUGGACUUAAAAGUGGAGUUUGAGACACACUUCGGCAUUGCUCACACGCGCUGGGCCACCCACGGGGUCCCCAAUGCUGUCAACAGCCACCCGCAGCGCUCAGACAAAGGCAAUGAAUUUGUUGUCAUCCAUAAUGGGAUCAUCACAAAUUACAAAGACCUGAGGAAAUUUUUGGAAAGCAAAGGCUAUGAGUUUGAGUCAGAAACAGACACGGAGACCAUUGCCAAGCUGAUUAAAUACGUAUUUGAUAACAGAGAAACUAAGGACAUUACAUUUUCAACCCUGGUUGAGAGGGUCAUUCAGCAGUUGGAAGGUGCAUUUGCAUUGGUUUUCAAGAGUAUUCACUACCCAGGAGAAGCUGUUGCCACAAGGAGAGGCAGCCCCCUGCUCAUCGGAGUGCGGAGCAAAUACAAACUCUCCACAGAGCAGAUCCCCAUCUUAUAUAGGACAUGCAAUAUUGAGAAUGUGAAGAAUAUCUGUAAAACAAGGAUGAAGAGACUGGACAGCUCCACCUGCCUUCAUGCUGUUGGUGACAAAGCCGUGGAAUUCUUCUUUGCUUCUGAUGCAAGCGCCAUCAUAGAACACACCAACCGGGUCAUCUUCCUGGAGGAUGAUGAUAUCGCUGCAGUAGCUGAUGGGAAACUCUCCAUUCACCGAGUCAAGCGCUCAGCUAGUGAUGACCCAUCUCGAGCUAUCCAGACCUUGCAGAUGGAAUUGCAGCAAAUCAUGAAAGGUAACUUCAGCGCAUUUAUGCAGAAGGAGAUCUUUGAACAGCCAGAAUCGGUUUUCAAUACCAUGAGAGGUCGGGUGAAUUUUGAGACCAACACAGUGCUGCUGGGCGGCUUGAAGGACCAUUUGAAAGAGAUUCGAAGAUGCCGAAGGCUCAUUGUCAUUGGAUGUGGAACCAGCUACCACGCUGCUGUGGCUACACGACAAGUUUUGGAGGAACUGACAGAGCUCCCUGUAAUGGUUGAACUUGCCAGUGAUUUUCUGGACAGGAACACACCUGUGUUCAGGGAUGAUGUUUGUUUUUUUAUAAGCCAGUCAGGCGAGACUGCAGAUACGCUCCUGGCUCUGCGCUACUGCAAGGACCGCCGCGCCCUGACCGUGGGCGUCACCAACACCGUGGGCAGCUCCAUCUCCCGCGAGACGGACUGCGGCGUCCACAUCAACGCAGGGCCGGAGAUCGGCGUGGCCAGCACCAAGGCUUACACCAGUCAGUUCAUCUCUCUGGUGAUGUUUGGUUUGAUGAUGUCUGAAGACCGAAUUUCACUGCAAACUAGGAGGCAAGAGAUCAUUCGUGGCCUGAGAUCUUUACCUGAGCUGAUCAAGGAAGUGCUGUCGCUGGAUGAGAAGAUCCACGACCUGGCUCUGGAGCUCUACACACAGAGGUCGCUCCUGGUGAUGGGACGGGGCUAUAACUAUGCCACCUGCCUGGAAGGAGCCUUGAAAAUCAAAGAGAUAACCUACAUGCACUCAGAAGGCAUCCUGGCUGGGGAGCUGAAACAUGGGCCCCUGGCUCUGGUUGACAAGCAGAUGCCAGUCAUCAUGGUCAUCAUGAAGGAUCCGUGCUUUGCCAAAUGCCAGAACGCCCUGCAGCAGGUCACAGCCCGCCAGGGUCGCCCAAUUAUACUGUGCUCCAAGGAUGACACUGAGAGCUCCAAGUUUGCGUAUAAAACCAUCGAGCUGCCCCAUACUGUGGACUGCCUGCAGGGCAUCCUAAGUGUGAUUCCCCUUCAACUUCUUUCCUUCCACCUGGCCGUUCUCCGAGGAUAUGACGUUGACUUCCCCAGAAAUCUGGCCAAGUCUGUCACUGUAGAAUGAGAACAAGAUCAUGAUAAGACCAUCAGCACCGUUAGUCUGAUUCAAGAUCUGUCCCAACCGCAGGGACGCCACGUGGGAAAAGAAGUGGGAUUCCACGUGUUCCCAGUAGAGCUUGACAGCUUCGAUGUGCCUUGUACCCAAGUGCUUUGGCUUACAGCAAAUACUGUUUCUCUGUGUCCUGACAUCGCCCAAGGAGAAGGGGGGAUCAUUGUUUACACAAGGGGAUCAGAGCAGACUUUUCCACUACUGUGCAAUAGAGAUACCGCUCUCUUCAGAGUAACUGUGAACCUUUUUUAACCAAUACUAGUUAGUUUUUAAAAACAAAAUAUUUAUAAUGAUGACUGUAUAGCUUUUAAGUUAUUUUUCUAGUAUGUGGCUUUCUGUAGUGUGCUAACACCUAGACUGUGCACCUCAGCUAUCCAGUGCGCCAUCUUUGGUCUCCCUCCUCACUAGUGGCAUUCAUCUCAGAUUUGAGCACAAGGCAUUGACCCUCUGGACUCCUUUCUCCUUUUCCUUCCUGUUCAAGCUGCUCCUGAUUCCCUCCUCUGACAUCAGUGAAGCCCCUCCAGCUAUCUUCCUAUAUCUUCUGUAAGUCCAGUUGAAAUCUCUACUUCUUUGAGCAUUUUCUUCUCGAAUGGACCGAAAUCCCUCCAACUCUCCAGUUUCUGUUUCAUCAGAUCAUGGAUCUUUUUAACCCCUGCCAGCACUUUGAUCCCUACUCACAUAAAACAGCUUGAAAUGUCCAGUGCAAGAGGGCAGUUUCAAGUGGGCUACCCUGCUCUCUACUUAAAAGCGUGCACAAUCAAAGUACUAUGCAAUUUUAAGACAAUAAAGACAGUACAAUUU